GUUGUGUCCGAUCCGAGGAGAGCCUAAAGAGGCCCAAACCUCCAACAAACUACCACGACCACCGUCUCUGGUCUGGUUUAAACCAUCGCCAAACUCUCCUAUGGCGUCGUCGGCGGUACCCAUGCAACGAUCUCCCACUUCUUCCUCUUCCCCUCUCCAACGUCUCUCUACCUUCAAAAACGCAUCCACCCCCACAACCACUACUACUACCGUCACUGCCGCAUCUCCGCUCGAUUCCUUCGCCUCAGACCCAAUUUUCUCAGCUUUUCUGUCAUCGGACUUUUCUUCUACCUCCUUUUCAUCCGCCGCUCUCUCUUCCGGCUCGCCAGCCUCCACCGCCGAGAAGCUUCACCAAGCCAUCCGCCUGCUCGAGUCCCAGCUUCGCUCCGAGGUCCUCUCCCGCCAUGGUGAACUUCUCUCCCAGCUCUCUUCUCUCCAGCACGCCGAUCACACUCUCGCCACUGUCCGAUCCGCCGUCUCCUCCCUCCAGGCUUCACUCCGUCGCGUUCGAUCUGAGCUCUCCGAUCCUCUCAAAUCCAUCCAGACACAAACGAUCCAACUCUCCAAUCUCCACCGCUCGACAGAACUCCUCCAGCAUUCUAUUCGCGCACUUCGCCUCUCGAAGAAGCUCCGUGAUCUAAUCUCCGUGUCCGCGGCCGAUCCCGAUAAGCUCGAUCUCGCCAAGGCCGCUCAGCUACAUUGUGAGAUCUUGACACUCUAUAAUGAGUACGAUCUCGUGGGCAUUGAUGUGGUUGACGAAGAGCUCAAAUGGGUCAGAGAGACUGGUGACAAAUUGAGGAGCGAGGCCAUGAAACUGCUAAACAGGGGAAUGGAGGGUUUAAAUCAAGCCGAGGUUGGUACUGGUUUGCAGGUUUUCUACAAUCUGGGUGAACUAAGAGCCACUGUGGAGCAGCUGAUCGAGAAGUACAAGGGUAUAGGAUUGAAGAGCGUGAGUACGACAUUAGAUAUGAAGGCAAUUUCAGCCUCUGCUGGAGGUGGCAGCGGGUACGGGCCCGGAGGGAUUAGGGGAAGCGGAAUGCCGCAGAUUGGAGGUGGACCGAAGGCUAGGGAGGCUCUUUGGCAGAGGAUGGCGGGCUGUAUGGAACAGCUACAUUCGGUUUUGGUGGCGGUUUGGCAUUUGCAGAGGGUCUUGUCGAAGAAGCGCGACCCUUUCACGCAUGUGCUGCUGCUUGAUGAGGUUAACCAGGAAGGUGACACUAUGUUAACAGAUCGAGUCUGGGAAGCCAUUGUGAAGGCAUUUGCUAAUCAAAUGAAGUCUGCUUUCACUGCUUCAAGUUUUGUGAAAGAAAUUUUCACCAUGGGGUACCCAAAACUCUUUUCAAUGAUAGAGAAUCUUCUUGAAAGAAUUUCACGUGAUACAGAUGUCAAAGGAGUUUUGCCAGCUAUUAGUUUGGAGGGGAAAGAUAAAAUGAUUGCAGCUGUUGAAAUAUUCCAGACUGCGUUCUUGACGCUUUGCUUGAGCCGCCUUUCAGAUCUCGUGAAUUCUAUAUUUCCAAUGACCAGCCGUGGUAGUGUCCCCUCCAAAGAACAAAUCUCAAGAAUCAUAUCACGUAUUCAGGAAGAGAUCGAAGCUGUGCAGUUGGAUGGACGGCUGACUCUUCUUGUAUUGCGUGAAAUUGGAAAGGUUCUCCUCCUUCUGGCACAACGAGCUGAAUACCAGAUAUCUACUGGUCCUGAAGCUCGGCAAGUCAGUGGUCCUGCAACUUCAGCGCAACUCAAAAACUUUGCACUGUGUCAGCACCUGCAAGAAAUUCAUGCACGUGUGUCGACUAUGAUUACAGGACUGCCUUCUAUUGCUGCAGAUGUGCUGUCUCCCUCUUUAGGUGCAAUAUAUGGGGUUGCCUGUGACUCAGUGACAUCCCUAUUCCAAGCUAUGGUUGAUCGUCUUGAGUCUUGCAUCUUGCAAAUUCAUGAACAGAAUUUUGGUGCGCUUGGUAUGGAUGCUGCAAUGGAUAACAAUGCAUCAUCUUAUAUGGACGAGUUGCAAAGCUGUAUUCUUCACUUCCGAAGUGAAUUCUUAUUUAGGCUCUUGCCUCCAAAAAAUGCUGCCAACGUCGGGGUAGAAAAUAUAUGUACUAGGCUUGUUAGGAGCAUGGCUUCAAGGGUUCUAAUAUUCUUUAUCAGACAUGCUUCUCUUAUCAGACCCCUUUCAGAAUCAGGAAAGCUAAGGAUGGCUAGGGAUAUGGCUGAGCUUGAAUUAGCUGUGGGCCAAAAUUUGUUUCCCGUAGAACAACUCGGUGCACCAUACAGAGCCCUUCGAGCAUUCCGCCCUCUUAUUUUCCUGGAAACAUCUCAACUGGCAUCAUCUCCUCUCCUUCAAGACCUGCCACCAAGUAUCAUACUUCACCAUCUCUACACCCGAGGUCCCGAAGAAUUGCAGUCGCCACUUCAGAGGAACGGACUUACCCCACAGCAAUAUUCGUUGUGGCUAGAUUCUCAAGGAGAAGAUCAGGUCUGGAAAGGUAUAAAAGCAACUCUGGAUGAUUAUGCAUCCAGAGUGAGGGCCAGAGGAGACAAGGAGUUUAGUCCUGUAUAUCCUCUUAUGCUUCAAUUAGGUUCAUCCUUGACAGAAAAUGCUCUUGCACCCCAAAAGCAGAAGCAUUGAUGGCUGCUGGUAUAUCUGUAGAGUGCUAUUGUGGAAAGGGACUGCCAAUUUCAAGUUCUUAUAUUUAGGAAGAUUUUUUUGUUGAGAGUAGCAGAUAGAUGGGCUAGUUCUAUUGGCAGCUUUUGAGGUUUGUGGUUAAUUUUAACCAUGUAUUGAUACCCUAUCACCUACGCGGUCGAUGUUUGCUGUGGACGAAAGAAAGAGAGUCGUAUGCUAUGCUCACUGAAAAUUUAAAUUUUGUCUUUUGUUUUUUUAAUUUCAUCGACUGAGACUUUCUCUUCUCAUUUGUUGGGAUAUUGUCCCAAUUUGCAUAUAUUUACAUAUAGCAUAGCAAUAAAGGUUUUUAUGUUCAUUAUCCGAAAGUUUAUCUUCUUAUAAACUUGUAUUUCCUUUUACUUUACUAACAAAAUGGCAAACAAAAUAAUUGUUAAAAUCUUAUAGUUGCUACCUUCUUCAA